UCAGACCUCUGCUCGCUCUUUGACGUCUCUCCUUUCCUGGCGAACGCAAACCCCACCCACCGUCGAAGUAGUUUGUCUCCUUUCCGCCACCGUCCCCUUCGCGUUUCAGGAAUUUUGUCCACCGGCCGCCGCCGUCUUGGAGAUCAGUCAUCAGAGUUCCAGUGUCGGGAACGUGUGUUUUGGGGGCCGGCUGGCGUUGCCGGCACCAUGGAGUCCCCCUUCAGUCCGGGACUCCUCCACCGGCCGGAUGAAGAAUGGGAUUCUACCCUGUUUGCUGAACUUGGCUAUCUCACAGACACUGAUGACCUGCAAUUAGAUGCCACAAAUGAAACUUAUGAAAACAAUUUUGAUAAUCUUGAUUUUGAUUUGGAUUUGAUGCCUUGGGAGACAGGCAUUUGGGACAUUAACAACCAGUUCUGUACAGUUAAGGAUAUUAAGAUAGAACCUCAGCCCCUCUCUCCAGCCUGCUCAAGUUGUUCCGUGUCAUCGCCUCAGUCGGUAGACUCCUAUUCUUCAACUCAGCAUGUUCCUGAGGAGUUGGAUUUGUCUUCUACUUCCCAGCUGUCUCCCUUUUCCUUAUAUGGUGAAAGUGCUACAGGUCCCUCCUCGGUAGAGCCCCUGAAGGAAGAUAAGCCCAUCAUUGGUGCCAGGAGCAAAACUGAAAGUGGACUGACUCCCAAGAAAAAAAUACAGAUGAAUUCAAAACCUUCAAUUCAGCCCAAGCCUUUAUUUCUUCCAGUGGCACCCAAGACUCAGACAAACACCAACGUUCCAGCAAAGACCAUCAUUAUUCAGACACUACCAACACUUGUGCCAUUGGCAAAGCAACAACCAAUUAUUAGUAUACACCCUGCACCCAGUAAAGCUCAAACCGUUGUGCUCUCUCAGCCCACCGUGGUACAGCUUCAGGCACCUGGAGUUCUUCCCUGCCCUCAACCAGUCCUGGCUGUCUCAGGCGGAGCCACACAGCUACCUAACCACGUGGUGAAUGUGGUGCCCACAACCCCUGUGGCGAACAGCUCAGUGAAUGGAAAGCUUUCUGUGACUAAACCAGUCUUACAAAGUACCAUGAGGAGUGUGGGUUCCGAUAUUGCUGUGCUGAGGAGACAGCAACGUAUGAUAAAAAAUCGAGAGUCAGCUUGUCAGUCCCGCAAGAAGAAGAAAGAAUACAUGCUCGGAUUAGAGGCAAGGUUAAAGGCUGCCCUCUCAGAGAAUGAGAAGCUGAAGAAAGAGAAUGGGUCCUUGAAGAAGCAGCUUGAUGAAGUUGUAUCAGAGAAUCAGAGGCUUAAAGUUCCCAGUCCAAAGCGAAGAGCUAUCUGUGUGAUGGUAGUCUUAGCAUUUAUAAUACUCAACUUUGGACCUUUGAGCAUAUUGGAACAGGAUUCCAGGAGAAUGAAUCCUAGUGUGAACCCUACAAGUCAAAGGAGGCAUCUUCUAGGAUUUUCUGCUAAAGAGGAGCAAGAUACAUCGGAUGCUAUCAUCCAGAAAAACAGCUACAGAUAUGAUCAUUCUGUUUCAAAUGACAAAGCCCUGAUGGUGCUAACUGAAGAACCACUGCUCUAUAUUCCUCCACCUCCUUGUCAGCCCCUCAUCAACACCACAGAAUCUCUCAGGUUAAACCAUGAACUUCGAGGGUGGGUUCAUAGACACGAAGUUGAAAGGACCAAGUCAAGAAGAAUGACAAAUAAUCAACAGAAAACCCGUAUUCUCCAGGGUGCUCUGGAACAGGGCUCAAAUUCUCAGCUCAUGGCUGUCCAAUACACAGAGACCACUAGUAUCAGCAGAAACUCAGGGAGUGAGCUACAAGUAUAUUACGCUUCACCCAGAAGUUAUCAAGACUUCUUUGAAGCCAUCCGCAGAAGGGGAGACACAUUUUAUGUUGUAUCAUUUCGAAGGGAUCACCUGCUGUUACCAGCUACCACUCAUAACAAGACCACAAGACCAAAGAUGUCAAUUGUGUUACCAGCAAUAAACAUAAAUGAGAAUGUCAUCAACGGACAGGACUAUGAAGUGAUGAUGCAGAUCGACUGUCAGGUGAUGGACACCAGGAUCCUCCACAUCAAAAGCUCCUCCGUCCCUCCUUACCUCCGAGAUCAGCAGAGGAAUCAAACCAGCACCUUCUUCAGUUCCCCUCCCACAGCCACAGAGACAACCCAGGUGGUCAGCACCAUCCCUGAGUCAUUACAGUAACACCCUGGGUGUGCUGGGAGCUCAGGGGGGGACCCUACUACCUGGAGCAUGGGUGAAGAAUGCGUCUGUGCUUUCCCUGUGGAGAGCAGAGACCCGCCUCAGAGUCCUGAGAGAAGCAGCUGCUGUUUUGCACCAGAUCCCCGUCUACUUGGAAAGCACUGGAAUUCAGAUGCUGGGACAGCAUCGCCCUGUGGCACGUGGCACCCUGCAUCCUCCACUGUUGCCUCGUCAGUUUCCUUCUGUACCUUUCUAAAUUGCUUUUCCUCUGUUUUUAUUUUAAAUAGUCAUCUUUCAGAUACGAUGCUUUUCCCCUCUCCGCCAUUUCACUUAAUUAAUCCAGUAAAGUGACUUAUACACCUGUACAGCACAGAUGUUCAGAUAUUUCCAUUGGUGGGCGUUUGCAUUAAUGUGUACUCAUCCUAGAUUUUUGUCUUUGAGAAAAGGGAUUUCAAAACCAGGAAUGCCAAAGAGAGUUAAAACAGUUUGGAGCUUUAGGUAAAAGGAGGAAUUAGAGCCCAGUUGAUGAAGUUUAUCUUUACUUGAGAUUUGUAGUUCAUUCUGACUCUGCAUGUGAAUGACGGGAGAGGGGUAGGGAGGAAGUUGCAUGACUUUGAGAGAAUGAGCUGGAAGAGAAGGUCAGUGGUGGACCUUUAAUAGAGGAGAUAGCUCCAUCAAAACAUUUGUGUAAAAUAAGGAAAGCUUGUUGUGUUCAGGGUGUAAGGUCAGAGUCACAGUCACCAUUAUCUUGAGGACUAGGCCUGUGUAUCAGCACAUGCACUUCUGUCUUUGCUUUCUAAUCUGCUGCAGCUCUUCAAGCACCACAGGAGAAACCCUACAUUUUUAUUGUGAACCACCUCCCCCACUACCCCCACCACGACUCACCUUCUGUUAACGUGAUGAUACCAAAUUCAUCUAAGGAAUUUGUAACUUUAGACUUAAACAAAUGAGCUUUUUUCUCAUGAGAACUUACAACUACUCCUUAAGACUAUGCAGACAGGCGAGCUUAGAUUCCUGCUAGGGGAGUAUAUCUUGUAACAUGGCAAUAACAUUUCCCAUUUCUCCAAUGAAAAGCCAGUGAAGGAGUAAACCCUUUAGUCCUUCCAGUGUUUAAAAAAAGCUACUGUGUUUAUAUCUUACUGUACUUUGACUACUCUUUUCCCUCUGGUGUUCUGCUUUCAAUUUCUAGAGUCUUCCUUCCUCCCCUCCUAUGAAACUUCUCCAUAGAACUCAGUCUGCACACAGCCUCCCUCUCCUAAGUGAUUAGCCUUGUGAGAUUUCUCCUCUCAUUCCCCACUCUAGCAGUAUCUUCCAUCUUGCAAGAAAAAGAGAGAACUUGUAUCCGCUCCUCAAGGACUGCAUGUAGCUGAGUAAUUUUUUUCCCGGGGAAAUUAAUUUUGGAAAAUCACUAGCACAUCUAGGUCUGGAGAAAUGCCUCUGUGCCCAAGCUAGUUACAUGCUCUUGAGAUCGAUUUAAUUUUCAUGGGGAAGUUGGGGUCGACUGCUCUGUUAACCUGGAACUCUGGAGUUUAUAGCGUUCAUUAGUCUUCCUCUUUGCCACAUAUCCAAGCUGUUUCAGGUCAGGGCAGCAUCCCCCUUGGAUUGGAGUCUCCUGGGUGAUUUUCAGACAGGAACCUUUCACCCUGGAGACCACGCUUCCUUCAAAUGAGCACCGAGAAAAAGGCCAGCGCCUAGCAGAACAUUGGGUCACAUGCCGUGUGACCCCUGUGUCUCCUGGCCCCGCCGCCUGGCACGCUGUCGUGCGAUGAGUUGCUAUGACCAGUUUGCAGUGGCAGCUGGGUCAAUCCAAACCGCUAGUCUUCUGGGAUGGUUGCAGUUUCCCAGUAGCACGAAGCAGUGUGCGUGGGGUGAGGAUGAGAGCGCUUCCUCCCUCCUUGCACUGAACACACCAGAAGAACCCAGCCCAUGGGCUUCCUCCCUUUGCCCACGCUCUACCUCCUUUCCCAGCCUUUCAUUAUACUGACUGUUCAGACUGAGGGCUUCAGUCAUGCCUGCCACGGUCAUGCCUCUCACGGUGACAGUGCAGGUGGUGGAUGGUGCAGGUGGUGGAUGACAGAAGGAGGCAGACGGAGUAUGCUUUGUGGGGUCAGGCCUAAAAGCCAUCUGGGAGCCUCACCUCCUUUUCCUACUUGCUGACCCUCAGUCCUAGACAUUACCUGUUCCUGAAUCGAUUGUUUCGAGAUGAGUAAACAGGAUUCUCCUCAGGAUAAACUUUUAGGAAACGAGUAUAGGCAACUGACAAAUACAUAGAAUAUUGUCCUUUUAAAAUUGCUGUCAAAGCUAUUAUUACUCCUGGGCAUAGUUGUCUUUAUUUUCAUACUUGUGUGCCAGUGCAGAGCCCUAUAGGAAACAGAAAAUUUCUAUUUCUGAUUAAUAAGUGAAGUUGGUGUUUUAGCUUAAUGUUUUUGGUGAGCUUGCCUUUUGGGGGUUGCAACCAGGAAUUGGGAGGGGGUGUAUGUGUGUACAUAUAUGUAAUUUUUUAAUUUAUUAAGUUUUUGAGUGGGAUCUUGCAAGCUUGUGAGAAAAUUACACAAACUCAUAGAGGAGGUAAGUCUGCUCUUAUUCGGUGACUUCGGCCCUUGGGCCUCCAGUAAUACUCUCUUGGGAAGCAAUGGUGGAGGAUGCCGGGAAUGGUAUUCCUCCUGGUUGCAAGUCCCAAGUUUUUAGGUCUAAUGGAAGUAAGUGGUAUUUCUUUGUGCGAACCACUGAGUCAGAUGUCAGGAGCCUUCCUGUGGGGCUAACUGUGCAGGGACAGAGCUCUGUUAAGAUGGUAGUGUAGGCAGUGGCCUCCUAAAGCUAGGAUUUGUGAAAGGCUCAAUCUUGAAACAAAUGUAUUGCUUGCUGUGCUUGUAGUUUAGAAACUUGACCUUUAGAUUAUCAGGUGGGGUUUAUGUUUUCACAAGUAAAAUCUCCCCCAUGAUUAUAAAAGCUCAGAGCAUCUUCUAAUUUUUUUAAUGACUGCAAGCUCCAGCUCAAAGCUGGUAUUUCCUUGCCUUUUCUUGUAAGUAGAGGAGGUAUUUGAAAGCAGCAAUGUUGUAUGAGUCAUUCUUGAGUGUUCUGAAUAAACAUUACUUAGGAACAGACAAGGACCUUGGAAUUCAAACUGACUUUUCUAUCAUUUUUAAAGAGACACUGUCCUAAUACAGCCUCUCUGGCUUGUGUCCCUAGAAGUCACAGUCAUGACAUUCUGGUAAGAUACUGCUGCUGUGGCCUUCGGAGUGAUUCAAUCUGGGGAACACUCAGACUCCUGGUAACUUUUAUGUCAUUUUCUGCUUCUUGCCAUUUUACUAAGCUCAGGCUAUGAAAUCUGACAGAAAAACACCACGGGGGACAAACUGGUAUUUGACUUUCUAACACAUUGAAAAGCUUCAAAGGGACUUCAGCUUUCAACUACCUUUUAAAAAAGGUUUACUGAAGAGCCAGAAUAAGAACCCCAUUCAGUCUGACUUCAUGGAAAUUCCCAGCCCUGAAAUCUCUUCCUAUUGCCUGCUGACAGACCUGCUCAGCUUCCUCAGCAGCGUAGGAACAGCACUUGAGGUGCGUCCUCUCAUGCUGGGGGCUCUCACAGGACUGCCUUCUCAAGUGAGACUGCUAACAUUGAUGGAUGCUUACCAACACCUUUGGCACUCCCCCAUUCUUUACCAAAAUGUUCUUUUUGUCAGGCUUGAUUCAUUGUAACUUAUAGAAAUCAGGAUCAUUGUUACUAGUAUGAAUAUUAAUAACUUUUACCUUAAAAAACAAAAAGUCUAGCAGGAAGAGUAAAAUGUUAAGAGUUUCAUUCCUAUCCCUAACAACACUUACGAGGAGCAACUCCUGUUUCCCCUCACACCUAGGGUUGUGGUUGAUUUUUAAUUUUUUAGGAAACAAUACUGGACUACCCAAAAAGAUGUUUCCAGAGCCCACCUGAACUAUGCACUUAAAAGAAAUGCAACUUCCUCCUACCUGCAUAAAGAAAAGGGGAUGUAUACUAUUAACUUCUAUUUUUAAUGACUAAGCUUAAAACAAAGUUUAUUUUGGAUAAGACUAGAAUUUUAAGCAUUAUUGUUUUGAUAUCUGUGUUCUCUGUUGGGUGUUGUGUCAGAAUUCAUGAGAAGAAUGGCAAAGGUAUCUUAGGAGAUUUGGUUCUGUGUGCGAAUCUUUAGCUUUUGUCAAAUAAUGGGUGCCAUUCUUGACCUACUGGUUUGCUAACUAUAAACAUUAGAGAUAUGGCACAUUAAACGGCAUGGUGCAUUGUGGGAGCCAAGAAGUCCAAAUCAGUGUAUCAACAAACACCCCGUUCUUUCACUGUUUGCCCGCAAUGAGACAGGUUACCAUUAGUUAAACCAACCAGCCAGGAGGCUUGGCAUAUCCCAGUAUAACCCCAGACAGAUAGCAGGUUGAUUUUCCUAGCAAAUGUAUAUUAAACUGUUUUAACUCAUACUCAGGCCGAAUCUCCAGGUUAGUCAUCAGGAUAAGAGAUGAUGGGGAAAUAGAGCUUUAAAUAAAAACUGCUAUACAAUACUGAUCGUAAACCUCCUCAGCUCUUGUUCUUAUGUGGGCAAGAUGGGCUGAGACCAACAGUACUUCAUCCAUGGAGCCAGUGGACCCUGAGCAGAGAGUUAGAGAAGCCACUUCACGGGAUUUGCUUUCUAAGACAGUAUCUAUGCUGAGUUAAGAACAAGUCACAGACGAGGAGGAAAGAAGUACCACUCUCUUCCUUUGUAUUUAUGUCGGUUCACAACAUAUAAAAACACAAUGACCAACUAUUACAUGCUUUCAAACAAUUCUUUACAAUGCAAUAUUUGAUCUUUGUCUAAAAUUCAAAUAAAGAAUUUUUAA